CUCUGCCAUGUUGAGCGCUUUGUUUCUGUGAGUGAGACGCGAUGAUGGAGCAGAGCUGGAGCUCUUUCUUAUUCCAGCAGGCUAAUGAAGCCCUUCACCACCAGCACCAGGUGGCCCCGAACAGCCUGCUGCCACUGCUAAACUCUGAGCCACAGGACCAGAAGCCUGUGAUGCCCAUUCCCCUGGACCACAAGCCCCCUGUCAGUGCCGCCGAGCUCCUCAAGGACAACGUAGCCAGUGGGACGGGGGGAGGAGGGGGUGGCAAUGGUGGAGGAGGUGGUCCAAUGCCUGUGGUCAAGAAAGAGCACAAGAGCAAGACGCCGUUCAUCUGCGGCUACUGCAACAAGGCCUUCCGCGACAGCUACCACCUCCGCCGGCACGAGUCCUGCCACACCGGCAUUAAAAUGGUGUCCAGACCCAAAAAGACGGCACAAGCGGCACCCACCAUGGUCCCACUCAUCUCCACCAUGCCCCGUGAGACCACGGGCGACCCUGCCUACAUCUCAACCGUCGCUGGCAUCUUUUCCACGGCGACCACUUCCACGUCCUCCGCUUCUACCAUCAUGUCUCCGACGUCCAUGUCCAACGUGACCCAACACAGUGCUCCCAAAAAGCCACCCAAACCCGUAAAGAAGAACCACGGCUGUGAAAUGUGCGGGAAAGCCUUCCGGGACGUUUACCAUCUGAACCGUCACAAGCUGUCGCACUCAGAUGAAAAACCGUUUGAGUGUCCUAUAUGCCAGCAGCGCUUUAAGAGGAAAGAUCGCAUGACGUACCACGUGCGCUCACACGACGGAGGCGUCCACAAACCCUAUGUCUGUUCUGUGUGUGGAAAAGGCUUCUCGAGGCCUGACCAUCUCAGCUGCCAUGUGAAGCAUGUUCAUUCUUCAGAGAGACCUUUCAAAUGCCAAGUUACGGCCUGUACAUCAGCCUUUGCCACCAAAGACAGACUUCGGUCGCAUAUGAUUCGGCACGAAGGGAAAGUCACUUGUAACGUGUGCGGAAAGAUGCUGAGCGCCGCCUACAUCACCAGCCACUUAAAAACACACGGCCAGAGCAACUUCAACAACGCCUGUAACAAAGGAGAUUGGCAGUGGAACCACUCAGGGCUCCGAAAAGACAACAAUGAAGUGUGCAACUCGGCCUCCACUACUCCAGUCUCGGCCACAGCUCCCAUCACCACUGCAAUGAACCGCGGCAACACCAGCAACCCCGUUACCAUAGCAGCCCAGAUGAACAUCUCUACCAACACGGUCAACAUCACGUCUCCGGUCAGCCUGCAGCACCCGGUUACAAUCACCGGCCCCGUGAACAUCGCAUCCGUCAACAUCCCAGCCACAGCGCCCAUGAACAUCGCCCACCCGGUGGCCAUCACCACGCCCAUGCCCAUGAACAUCGGCGGCCCGCUCAACAUCGCCAUGAGACCUAUGGACACUAUGCCCUUCCUGUCCCAAGUCUUGCCGUCUUCUCCCUGGUAGAACCGGGGGCGCUGAACAGCAUUCUUGCCCUGGCUGCCGUGCUGCUGACGUCUGAGUGGCGUGAACAAACUCAUCCCGUGGCUACAUUGCAACACUAGCAGAAGAUUUGCACGGAUUUCCAACUCUCUCUGGCCUUCGAAUUUGUUUGUGUUUUGAGCAGCUCUGUAGCGGGGGCAUUUCGCAAGCUCCUCUGAGCACUUCAAACCCCGACGACGGACAUUUUUAAGGACAAAUGCAAUAAUCGAUGUGCAUUUCGAACACUUUUUUUAAUAAGCAGAGUGCCGGUGGGUUCUUCGAUAAAGUUGUAACCUGCUAAUCAGUAUUUAAGGAAAUUCGUUUGAAAUGAACUGUUGCUUCCAUUGCGAGGGAGGAUUUUUAAAAUAUUUUUUUGCAUUAUUUCGAUUUCGCGCAGGGGUGUGAGUGUGUGCGUGCAUUUGUACAUGUGGCAACUCUGAAGAGGUACAGUAGAGAACUUUUUUUUUUAUUAAUGGUGUUCGUCAUGACACUGUUUACGACUUUUCAGUUUUUCUGAGGGGGAGGGCAGCUUUGUUCUCUUAUUGUUUACGUGGCCAUUGUUAGCUGUCGCAUGUUUUCUUUUCACAUACAGAAGAAAACGUUUGGAGGAAGGAAAGAGAGUCUUGCACUGAAAGCAUAUCCCUAGUCUAAAGAGGCAGUAUUAUCUAAAUAUGUGUCCCAAAUGGUGCACUUGAUGUGUUCGUAGAGUAUCCCAUUUGUCAUUUUAUGAUUGAGAAUCGUGCUCAAGAUCGCCCCCUUUGCACAGUGGUGCAGACUUCACAGCAGACUACUAUGACAAGGGCUGCGACAGUAAAUCAAUGCAUCGCGAUGCGUGGAUUGAUUCUGAGAUUUUUCUGAAUGCAUUGCGAUUCUUUCUGGAAUCGAGCCUGAGCUUAGUUUUUUAACAGCAGAUGGCGCUGUAAUGUAGUUUUUAACAACACACUCAAAUGCUCACAAAGAGCGCUUGUGUGUUCGGCUGAGUCAUGAAAUCGCACUACGUCUCAGAAUGCUUUUAUGACGUGAGAUCAAUGUAAACUGCCCACUAUGAACAUCCUUGUAGUUCGCUUCAACCUUUUCGAACUUCACAAAUGAUUAUUUUAGGUUCAAGUGUGUGUAAGGAGGUUGGCGCCAAUAGCCUUGUGGUUACCGCGCAUAUAUCAACAUAUGGUGCCAUCGCGCUGUGGGCGUCCCGAGUUCGAAUCCCGCAUAUAAAUAAAGGCAUAAAACGCCAAAAAUAAAUCUUAAAAAAAAAAAAAAAAAAAGUA